GUCGCGGACGACGACUCCCAAUUUUUGAUAAAUACAAAGCAGGACGUAGGGUCCUCUGCGCAGCGAACAGAUAUCCAAGAUGAAGCUCGUCAGAUUUCUUAUGAAGCUCAACAAUGAGACGGUGUCCAUCGAGUUGAAGAACGGGAGUGUGGUGCACGGCACUAUCACUGGCGUGGACAUGCAAAUGAACACCCACUUGAAGACAGUCAAGAUGACCACCCGCAAUCGUGACCCGACACACCUUGAUUCGUUGAGCUUACGGGGGAACACGAUCCGAUACUUCAUACUUCCCGACGCACUCCCUCUCGAUACUCUGCUUGUCGAUGACGCGCCCAAGCCAAAAGGAAAGCGCAAGGAGGAUGCCGCGCGUGGACGCGGACGUGGACGGGGACGUGGGAUGGACAGAGGACGUGGUCGCGGCCGUGGCCGUGGACGAGGCUUCUAGUCGAAGCAACUCAAUCACCGGGAAAAACGGCCAGGGAACAUCACCGCCACUGGCCUUGGAGCGACCCCACGACCUGCAGAGAGCAUGGGAAUUGGCACCGUCAUGCGAAUGUGACGCGUCUUUCUGUUGUUGUUUCUCUCUUCUUCUUGAUGUCAUC